AUGGAGCAAGUUUUGAAUUCAAAAUACGAGUGUCUUCUUUUUGAUGUUGAUGAUACCCUAUAUCCUCUAAGUUCCGGUGUCUCUGCGGAGUGUACCAAAAACAUCAUGGAAUAUAUGAUUAACAAACUCGGCAUAGAGGAGACGAGAGUUCCAGAAAUGUGUACUGAACUGUACAAGGAAUAUGGAACAACAAUGGCUGGUCUAAGGGCCAAGGGGUAUGACUUUGAUUACGAUGAUUACCACAGCUUCGUACAUGGGAGGUUACCUUACGGGUGGCUAAAAACUGACCAUACUUUAAGGAAUCUUUUACGCAGCCUGCCUUUUCGGAAAGUUAUAUUCUCAAAUGGAAAUGAAGCCCAUGUGGCUAAAGUUCUUAGCAGACUCGGAUUAGAGGACUGCUUUGAUGACAUUAUUUGUUUCGAGACAUUGAAUCCUAUUCACAGGGACAAUGUACAACCUGAAAAUGAUUUUGAUGAAGUUCCUAAGGCACCAAUUGUGUGCAAGCCAUUUGGAAAUGCCUUUGAACAAGCUUUUGAGAUUGCCAAAAUCGAACCUAGGAAAACGCUGUUCUUCGAUGAUUCAAUCCGUAACCUACAGACUGCAAACAGCAUGGGGCUUCAUACUGUUUGGGUGGGCGCCUCGCAUCAAUCAAAAGGAGUAGAUUACGUGUUGGAGAGCAUUCACAAUAUGAGGGAAGCAUUGCCAGAGCUGUGGGACGACAUAGAGAAGUCAGAAGAAGUUCCUUAUUCUGGAAAGGCUGCUAUUGAAACAUAUGUGCGAGCAUAG